CUGCGCCUUACUUGGCAAUAAAAACAAUGUUAAGCACGUGCUUUGCUCCUCCUCCUCCUCGGUGACUGAACUGUGUGAUUAGGGUUGGACAUGACUAUUGCAAACAAGAUAGCGUGGGUUGCGCCCAGGUGCGGAGUUCAGAAACAAGUCGUUAUAAUAGGUGGAGAAAUCUACUUGGAAAAUCUUAAGGAGUCAGGCAUCCGGCUUUCUCCCAUCUCUCUGCAUCAGUAGAGUUGGGUCUUUUUGGGUUUUUUUGUUUUGUUUUGUUUUGUUUUUUCCCUUUCUGCCAAGAUCUUAGCUUCUAAAGCAAAGUUAAUCGUAGCAGCAGUUUGAAAACCAGUGAUAUGUGUGUGUCUGGCGUAUGCCAGAGAGAGUUAAAAGCGAGAUUGAUGGUUCAUGCGUUGCUAAGAAGUGAUAAGCAAUCAUCAGUUGAAAAAUAGCUUUUACUCUUACAGUAAUUUGUUAGCAUGAAAUUUUGCAUGCAUGGCUUCCUUGUUUAAAAGUUGCCCUUGGAUUUCAAAUAGUCGGAUGUUUAAAUCACUGGAUACGUAAAGCAAAGUGAACUGAACUCUUAAUUGCAUUUGCAUGGUUUUAUGUUAAAUGUGCAGAAAGGUUUACUCCCUUAAGUGGCCUUACUUUUUAAAAUAAAUAUCUUUUCACAUGGCUCUGCAAACUUCUGUAGGCAAAUAUGCAUUCUUUAAAUUUUGUAUUUGUUUUAUUGUUAGGCAUGUGAAGAGAUUGAAAGUGGUUACAUUUUAAAAAAAACCUAUUCUGAUACUUUAAGUUCUGAAGCAAGAUGCCAAAAAUUAGAUGAACAAAUUGGUUAGAAAUUAGAUGACAAAACAGUAAUGCAGUUCUUAAAAUAAUAUUUUUUAUUCUUGAGCUUAGGCACUUUUUUCCUGUUUGGAAAAAGUUUGCCAAGGAAAUAUUUUUGAAAGGUUAUACUUAAUGUCUUUUUAAUUACAAGGGCGUCCAGGAUGUCAGUAGCAAAAAGAGUUGUUGGGAAAUGGUGGUUUGUUCUCCAUCCCUUGCUUUAAGUCAUGGCAUUUAGAAUAUGUAACAUCUUCUUUUCUUGGAAGAAGAAAUCAUCACUAUGCCUCUAGUGAUGGCUGUGUUGUCUCUUUUUUUUUUCAAAUUGUCUGUUUAUAAAAAUGUGGGACAAUAUCCCACAACUUCCAGGAGUGGGUUUUGGUCUGUAACCAGCACAUAUUAGCUACUUAGAGCUCAUCCCAGUUAGCUCAGAGGUGCAGAUGGGGAGCUGUUGAUGACCUGGUCCACCCCUAUCAGCACAUCCCAGAGGCCUUUUUUCCAGAAGAAAAAUUAAUACAGUUUUAUCAUUGGCAGCUCCCUCCUGGUCUUCUCUGAAAGGGAGACAAAAGAAGAGGGAAAAAGACCUGAAACUCUACCUUAAUGCAUGAUAAAAGUAGCCACCUAACUGGAACAUUUAUGCAGGUUUACUACCUUGUUAGCAGAAGAUGAGACAGGAUCUCUGUAAAGGAAGACUUGGAGAGCCAGGUCUAACAUUUUACCGAUGGCUUUGGAAAGACUUAGACAUCAAACAGGCAAGCCUGAAUUUGGGAAGUUAAUAGCUUGCCUGUGGUGAAUGCUCCUUGUAACCUAGUUGUUUGGAAUAUCUGUCUAGCCUAAAGUUUAAACUAACGUUGCAUUUCAGACUAGCCUAUUAAAAAUGUUGUUGUUGUACUAUGCUGAGUUAUUAUCUCAAACAGAAACACGACAGGGUUGCAGUGGAUUUGCCAAUUAAUUCUUGAUUAAUUUUAAGUUGAAUUCCAUUUUCACAGUUGAAAAAUGCAGUUCCUUUAUAUUUUUGUUAGUUGCAGAUGGUUCUGAGUCACUGUUCAGUUUUCUUGCUUUUUUUCUCUCAGCAGCAGAACUCUGUCUCUGGCGGAAAGAUUGUUCCAGCACAGGAAUUGUGUUUUACAUAGUCCCCUAGUCGGGACUGAAUCACAGAAAAUAGUUCUCAGGAAGCAAGUAGAGAUAUUUGCCCAGUACUGUUGUCAUCCUCUGCUUGCCUCCAAGUGCUAGUGGGAGUAAAAAUAGGAGUUGAAAAAAGCCAAGAGACCAAUUCUGUUCAUCAGUCUUUCAUGACCGUAUGUUCAGAAUGAAACGAGGAAGGAAAACUAAUGAGGCUAACAGCAGUGCAUCUGAAGACACAACUGAGAAGGAAUCCAAGAGACACAAGGUGGUAGAGAAGAAAGCCAUAGCUGUGCAGAGUCCUGACUGGGCAAAUCUGCUCCAAGACGUUAUCCUGCAGGUGUUCCAGUAUUUGCCACUUCUGGAUCGUGCUCAUGCAUCCCAGGUCUGCAGGAGCUGGAACCAAGUGUUUCAUAUGCCUGAUCUCUGGAGGUGCUUUGAGUUUGAACUGAAUCAACCAGCCACAUCUAACCUGAGGACUACACAUCCUGAACUAAUCAAGCAAAUAAUAAAGAGGCAUUCCAAUCACCUGCAGUAUGUUAGCUUCAAGGUGGACAGUAGCAAGGAAUCUGCAGAAGCAGCUUGUGAUAUUUUAUCACAGCUUGUGAAUUGCUCUCUGAAAACACUUGGGCUAAUUUCGACUGCCCGGCCAAGCUUCAUGGAUUUACCAAAGUCUCACUUUAUUUCUGCACUGACAGUGGUGUUUGUGAACUCCAAAUCCCUCUCUUCACUUAAGAUUGAUGACACACCAGUAGAUGAUCCAUCUCUCAAGGUUCUGGUGGCGAACAACAGUGACACGCUCAAACUGUUGAAAAUGAGCAGUUGUCCUCAUGUUUCUCCAGCUGGUAUCCUUUGUGUGGCUGACCAGUGCCAUGGCUUGCGUGAGCUGGCGCUGAACUACCACCUGCUGAGUGAUGAGCUGCUGCUUGCUUUGUCUUCUGAAAAGCACGUCAGGUUAGAACACUUGCGCAUUGAUGUUGUCAGUGAAAAUCCUGGACAGACUCAGUUCCACACCAUUCAGAAGAGCAGCUGGGACGCUUUCAUCAAGCAUUCUCCUAAAGUCAAUUUAGUCAUGUACUUUUUCUUGUAUGAGGAGGAGUUUGAUCCGUUCUUUCGUUAUGAGAUACCUGUCACUCACCUUUACUUCGGGAGGUCAGUAAGCAAGGACGUGCUCGGCCGCGUUGGGAUGACGUGUCCGCGGCUGGUUGAACUGGUGGUGUGUGCCAAUGGAUUACGGCCGCUGGACGAGGAGCUGAUCUGCAUUGCGGAGCGGUGCAAGUACCUGUCGGCCGUGGGCCUCGGAGAAUGUGAAGUCUCUUGCAGUGCCUUUGUUGAGUUUGUGAAGAUGUGUGGCGGUCGCCUCUCUCAGCUCUCUAUUAUGGAGGAAGUUUUGAUUCCUGAUCAGAAGUACAGCUUAGAGCAGAUUCAUUGGGAAGUUUCAAAGCAUCUUGGUAGAGUCUGGUUCCCAGACAUGAUGCCCACGUGGUAAAGUCCUUAAAAGACUCCAGGGUGAAUGGAGUAGCACCUUAAACCCAAGAUUACCAUAUUGCAAUUUCCUGUAUAAGCUUAUUUAAUAAUACAGAUUUUACUGCAAGUUAAUUAAUGGUUUGAUUAUAAAAUUAAUUUUUCUUUCAAAAAUUGUUCUGGAAUUUCGGAACCAAAAAUAGAGUUCACAGCUCCAAAACCUGUUUUCAUCCAAACAAAAAUCAGGUUUCUGUUUUAGAUUUAUUCUUUGUCAUUAAAAGUGACCUCAAACAUUUUUGGAAAAAAAAUUAUUUAAAAUAUUGAAAUGUACUUGCAAAAUACCAGUUGUAAUAUGCUGUCCUUCUUUGAUUUAGAUAGUAGCAUUGGACACAACCACAUUUUAUCUUAAAAAGCCAAUCAAAACCCCACCAAAAUUGCAUGCUUUUGUUGCAGACCAUAGCAUUUCUAAAUCCAGUCACCUCAAUGA